AUGUCAAAACGGGUGAAUUACUAUGAAGUGCUAGGGGUUCCUCAAGAUGCCGACUUAAGCAUAAUCAAGAAGUCGUAUAGGACCUUGGCCAUGAAGUGGCACCCUGAUAAGAACCCAAACAAUAAGGCCGAGGCUACGGAGAAGUUCAAGCAGAUUUCGGAGGCCUACGAAGUGCUGUCCGACCCCAAGAGAAGGAGAAAAUACGACCUGUACGGCACCGAUGAGAAUUACUUGCCGGACGAGAACGACGAGUUUUCUAACUUCCACAAAAAUUUCGGGUUCAAUGACGCGCAGAGGAUUUUUGAAAUGUUCUUUGGAGAUUCCACUCCUUUUGGAAAUGAAUCCUUUUUUAGUGAAGUCAUGGGUUCCUCCUUUGGGGACAAGCGAAGGGGAAGAAUGGCCAGAUCGAAUGACCCCUUCGACAGCUUCUUCGGCUCGUCCUUUAACAUCUCCUUUGGCUCAUCCAACUUUGACAACUUCAUGGAUGGAGGCUCCUGCUUCACGUCCGUAGAGACCUCAACGUCCAACGGAGGCAAAUUCAAAAACCGAUUUGUAAAAACGUCCACGUCGAAAACCACCUCCAUCGUUAACGGAAAACGAGUGACAAGAAUCGAGACGGUGAAGACGUUGCCCAACGGGACCAUCGAGAGGACGGUGACUGAGCGCGAGGAAGACGGGCGAGGCAACGUUAACGUCAGGCAGCUGCCCGCGCACGAAAUGAGACGAAACAAGAGAUGAGGAGAGAAGAGGUGGGGAAAGAAGAGAUGCGGAAAGAGGAGAUGAGGAAACAACAGAUGAGGAAACAACAGAUGAGAGUUCGCUUGGCCCCCUGAAGGGAACAUUCGAAGGGGAAAAAAAAAAAAAUAAAAUAAAAAACGGCAAAAUGGUAUUGCGGCAUAGCGGUAAAACGUCUCCAUGCUGUGAACUGCCCCUCCCUUUCACCUACACCGGGCUUGUUAUGCCUGCGCGAAUGAUGUCCUCCCCCCGUUGACCCACCGUACGUGUGCAUAAUUAACAUCAUAUGGAUGCGAAUGGAACCCGGCGGGGUGCCCGUGUGUAUAUACGUACAUGUGUGCUCAUGAGCAAGAGCGCCCAUGUUCCUAUGCGCCCAUGUGCUUAUGCACGACUCCUCCUUUUUGAUGUGGCAAAGGUGCGCCCUCUCCGGCCCCCUCCUCCGUUCUAUUCCGCAAUUGCAUAUGCUGCCCGUAAAAAGUAUUUCCAGAAACGGCCCACCAGGAGUUAGCCACUUGUCAAUGCUACCCAUCAGAGAUCCUUUUCCGAAAUGCUUCCUACAACUCGAAAUGAG